AUGAAGAAUGAGAUCAAGCAGUUGACUCAAAGAAUGGAAAAUUCUAAGAAACAUCAAAAGAUGCAAGACAACCGGAUAGCCCAGAUAGCUCAGUCUUUCUCAAGAGCACAGGGAACAUUUCCAGGAAAGCUAGAUAUAAACCCAUUGGAACAUUGCAACCGCAUUGAGCUGAGGAACGGACGAACUUUGGGAGACCCCCAGAUCACUACUCAGAAAGGACUUGACUCAGAGAAAGCUUUCUGCGACUUGGGAGCCAGCGUUAGCCUACUUCCAUACUCAUUAUGCAAGAAGCUAGGACUUCAGAACAUCAAACUGACUACUAUGGCAUUACAAUUAGCUGAUCAUUCAUGUAGAUACCCAAUAGGAAUAGUGGAGGGCAUGCCAGUAGAAGUAGGCGGAUGCAUCAUCCCUACAGAUUUCAUUAUCCUGGGUAUAGAGGUGGAUCCCAAGAUUCCGAUCAUCCUUGGAAGACCAUUCCUUGCCACAGCUAGAGCCCUCAUUGAUGGAAAAAGUCACAAGUUAUCCUUGGAGAUCGGCAAAGAAAAGUUAGAAUUUGACUUAUCUAAUUCUUCUAACUGCAUCUCCUCUUCUCAGGGAAAUUCGAGCAAGAUGAACAUACACAAAGUCGUGAAGUGUAGUUUUCAAGAGAGACCCCCUCCAGCAAGCAAUAAGAAAAAAAAGGCAUCGCCUCCUCCCUCCUCUACCCUAACGCCGCUGAGCAGCACCAUCGCCUCCUUCGCCAUCGCCGUCGCACGGACUCACGCGAGCACGCCGCUGCCUCUUCUUUUCUCUUCUCCUGACGACAACGCUACCGCCUCCCCCUCCUCCCGCGCACACCACCACGCGCCAGCAGCCCCCUCUCCCUCUCCUCUCGUCGACAGCCACAACCGCUUGUCCACAGCCUUCCCUCCUCCACUCGCAGCUGGCCAUCACCGACACAGCGCUGCCACAGCAUACUCCUCCAUCUCGAGGCGAGGCUCACGCCACCUCUCCGUCCGGCGCCACCUCAUCGGUGGCCAUGUCCUGCCUCCUCAUAGGAAGGCCACGUGCCACCCCUAG